GAAGUAGUGUCGUUCUGCUCCUCGACUUCCUACCACGGACGCUGACACGCAAUCACCCGGCAGCUCGGCUUAUUAUUCUUGUCCGCACCCCGUCUGGAGCUGCUGGUGCUGGUUUAUGAUCGGCGGUUUGUUCGCUAACGUGUUCCAGAGGCUGCCGAGCUUGUUGUACCGGGUGUCGCUGAAUAUGAAGCCGCAGGUUGUGUUCGUGCUGGGCGGGCCUGGUGCCGGCAAAGGGACCCAGUGCUCCAAAAUCGUAGAGAGCUUCAACUACACCCACUUGUCUGCGGGGGACUUGCUGAGGGCGGAGCGAGCUCGAGAGGGGUCGGAGUUUGGACAGCUCAUUUCCAACCACAUUAAGGAGGGCAAAAUUGUUCCAGUGGAGAUCACCAUCAACUUACUCAAGAAGGCAAUGGAAGAGACCAUGCAUGAAGACGAUAAAAAGUUCCGCUUCCUCAUAGAUGGUUUCCCCCGCAACGAGGACAACCUCCAGGGCUGGAACACGGUCAUGGACGGCAAAGCAGAUGUCAAAUUUGUGCUUUUCUUUGACUGCAGCAAUGAAGUUUGCAUCGACAGAUGUCUAGAAAGAGGGAAGAGCAGUGGACGCAGUGAUGACAACAGAGAAAGCUUGGAGAAAAGAAUCAAAACCUACCUGCAGUCUACACGACCAAUCAUUGAACUGUAUGAGAAAAAGGGCAAGGUGCACACUAUAGACGCCUCUCGCGGUGUGGAUGAGGUGUUUGCUGAUGUGAAAGCCAUCCUAGACAAAGAUGCUUGAGUCUCCCCAGCUGCCAACAACAUUCAUUUAUGUCUUUAGAUUUCUUUUUAUCACGUACACUAUAAUACGUUUGUAUGCCAAUUCAUGUGACUUUUUACUUUUGGUUAAAUUUGUUUGUUUUGUUUUACAUCUCCUUUGUAAAAGGCUGCACUAUUGGUUUGUGAAUGUGUACAAUAUGUAUCUGUAUGACUGAAAUUAGGGUUGCUUAACAGCUGCUAAUGAUCAGAAGAACACACAGCUUGUAGUCUGAGGCCUUCGCAGAGGGACAAAAUGUAUCGUUAGCUUAGCGGCACACUUUCUUGUCAGUCAAACACACAAAGUCUGAUAUACUUCACUAAUGUCUUCAGAAGAUCAUGCCAUCAGAAGCAGCCAUGAUGCUUCAGACCAAAUAGUUUGACAGGAUGUUCACAUACAGGGAUUCAUGUGAGAACAUCAAAUAGCUUCCAUAUAAAUGGAUAAACAUCUGUGUUUAAUGGACUAUGCUACAGGCGCAGUGCCAGUAAUUACCCAUAACAUUGUUUUUUCGUAGAUGAAUAUCUUCAAUAAAUAUCAGACUCCCUAACAGAAGGCCAUGAUGAGCUUCGACCCAUGAGAUCAUUGAUAAAACAUGAACAAAAACAUAACGUUUUGUUAUCUCUACUGUAUCUGUUUGAAGGAAGGGGGAUACAACUGAAAACUUAACAAUGAAUUGUUUCUCUUUGUUUUGCUCAAUUCAUUUUCAUCAUUUAGUCAAUAUGAUUUCCUUAUGUAGGUUUUGUGUAUUCAACUAUGAUUCUGAAGUCUACUUUUUUCAGAAGAUUUUAGGAGUUCAAAAAACCACAUGCCGGCUGUUGCGUUCAACCUAGUCAGCCACCAGGGGGCGCUGGAUAUCGCUAAAUAAUUUGAACAGGUAUUUCAAAGUUGCAUUUUAACAGCAUAAAUAAAUUGUCAUCGCUAAAUAAGGAAAUUAAUCUCUAAAAUGAUGAAAACAAAUUCACAGUUUGAAUAUAGAAAAUAUAAAAUAUUACAUCCUGUAUAUACAUUAAAAACAUUCAUCAGUA